AUGGCAAAGAAUACUUUCACAAUGCGCGGCUCUCAGCACGCUGUUAUGAACAAGACACAGUGGGAUCGACCCAGCUGGGACGAGGCUUCUGGCACGUCAGAUGUGUUUCAAUACAAGCCCACUGCUGCAGACCUGGAGGUUCGUCCUCAAACCACCCCCGUCUCAACUGGCCGCCAGGAGUUAGACGACAUCUUCAUGGGGGCAGCUCCGCAGGCCAGCGAGCUGGUGUCUUUAAAAGACGAGCCCACAGGAACCAUGGGUUCGAGCAGCCAGAGUGCCACGCAAGGUUCGCACAUCCCACCGCAGGCAUCAGCAGGCCUGCCUUGUACCAGCCUAUCCAGAAAUAAGCAAAGAUUGACGCGCCAGGGCGAGGAUGAGAAGAAGGGUGAGGACAUUUAUGCCGACUUGGAGCCUGAGCUCAAGGUGCAUGCAGCUGCUUGCAACAAUGACGUGAAGAUGCUUGAGAAACUUGGGGAGGAGUCGCUUCUCCAACAGGAGGGUGUCGAUUUCAACCAGCCCAGACCACAGGCUAUCGUGGGAGCAGCCUCCUGGGGAGAUCCCGAUCUCCUCAAGGUGCUGCUCGAUGCAGGAGGCCCUGUCGACCAGGAGCUUUCCAAUGAGACCGCGCUCCGCUGGGCUGUGCAGUACGGCCACGAGGAGCUGGUGCUGCGGAGGGCGAAAGGAACCUUGGCGAGGGAGAAGGAGAAUGCGGAAGCUUCUGGAGACCAUCGCCCAGACAGCGCUGGUGGGCUCGGUGGCUAUGCUGCAGGGUUUGCCGCAGGUGCCGCUGCUGCAGCAGCAGGAGGUGCAGCGCCUGCUGAGCAAGGUGGCAUCACAGGUUUCUCAGCCUGGGUAUUGGCACUUGCUCAAAGCCUCUUUGACGUCAGCACAGAUGAUGUGGUUCGUCGGCUGAAGUUGCUCUCGCCCUAUCCUGCUCCAGACAGGUCAACAGCCGAGGAGAUGCGGGCCCGUCCUGACUUCUACGGACCCUUCUGGAUCGCCACCACGGCCGUGCUUUUCCUGGCAGCCACAGGCAACUUCGCUAGGUUGGUCGAAUCGGAACACCCCAGCCUCUUCAAGGCAGACUACAGCUUGGUGCCCCUCGCUGCAAGCAUUAUCUACGGGGGCUUGAUUGCGGUGCCGCUUUUGGCACGAGUGUCCGUGUUCUUCACGGAUGAGGAGGUCGGAAAUAUUGACUUCAAGCAGAUCAUUUGCGUGUGUGGGUAUGGAUUGGCUCCCUCGAUUCCAGUGUCCAUUCUUUGCAUCAUUCCAGUUUCCUUCCUUCGAUGGGUCUUUGUGCUUGGAGGGCUGGCCCUUUCCGUCUACUUCUUAAGGGCCAACUUGCUCAUGGACUUCUCAGUCAAGGUGCGAUGGCUUCAGCUGACGCUCAUCGUGUCCCCUGUGCUCCUGCAGGUGCUAAUGGGGCAAGCGCGACCAGAUCCAUCGCUGACCUUGGGGCAGGUUUUGGUCUUCUUCAUCUACAGGGCAGCCCAGGCGCAGCUGAAAGAGCAGGCCAAACUGAAGAUCGAAGAUGAAGUCGCUGGAGAAGCUCCUGGCUGUGUCAAGCCCUUCUUUAUGUGCUGUGGUGGACCAGUCGGCACGGUGGAGAAAUGCAUGUGCAUGGUUGCUGCGGAGAAGCAAGACAAUGUGAAGAAGGCCAUCGAGAAGUACCGGUCUUGGUAUGUCAGCACUGCAGGCUCUGAGUUGUUGGAAGAGAACAAGAAGCCACCCGAAUUGCCAUUUGCGCUGCCACUCAUAAAGAUCAAUCACGUUGGUGCUUUCGAGUGGAGGCAGCGCCGGAAGCGGCAGCGGGAGGCGUCUUCAGCAUCCGAUACGAAGAAGAAUGCAGAAGCAGGCAAAAAGACAGAGGGCAAGAAAGUGAAGAAGGUGAAGGACAAAGCUAAAGAGAAGCCGGACAAGGCAGAAAAAGCCGAGAAACCGGAAAAACCGGAGAAGGCUACAAAGGCUGGCAAAAGCAAAGCUGAGAAAGCCGACGGUGAGAAGGCGGACAAAGCCAAAGCAGAAAAGCCUGAAAAGGCGACAGGUAAAGCUGGUAAGGCAGACAAGGCAGAAAAGCCGAAGAAGUCAAAAGAGGAGAAGGACAAAGGAGCUGCAGCAGGAGCUGAGGACGGAGGGAAGCAGAAGACGAAAAGCAAAAAGAAGGAUGCUGCAGCAAAGGCAGACGCAAAGAAGAAGCCGGCCAAGGCAAAGAAGGAGAAGCAGGGGUCCGACUCCGACAGUUCCGAUGACAGCUCUUACUCGUACUACUCCUCGAGCAGCCAGGGCGACGAGCAGCAGCAGCAGCAGUUCAUGAACGCCAUGAUGCCCUGGGCGAUGAUGCAGGGUGCAAUGCCGACGGCUGCCAUGGGCACCUCAGGGCAGCUGGGCAUGGCUGGAUAUGCGCAGUACGCGGCAGGCCAGUAUCCAGGAUAUGGUGCAUCCUACGGAUACACGGAUCCGUAUGGAAGGCCGUAUGGUGCCAGCAUGGGCGAGCAGGUGCCAGCAGGCUACCAGGCUCCGCCGCCGCCUCCUCCGCCAGGUGUUCCAGGAGGAGCCGUUGGCGGGGCCUCGUACAUGCAUGGUCCACUGACAGAGCACGACAGACUCGCGGAUGAGCGCGACAAAGCUCGUAGACGUUUAGAAGAUGAAGCGCGGCUUCGAAACGAAGAACUUCAUCGAAAAGCUGAAACUGAACGAGCCACGGCUGCCGUCCGCCAUGCAAUCAACAACCUUCAGAACGGACAGUUCGACUCGAUUGAUGGGCUUCUGAAGGCACGGCUCUCAGGGUUGCCGGAAAAGGCCGAUGAAUGGGGGCCGGCUGGGCCGGAGGUCGCGCUGAGUUAUGCCCCCGAGACCUCGAGACAGUCCCAGAGACGCUUCGAAAGUCGCACUUGCGAGACCUUGGAGUCCGUGGCGGCGAGGGACCUGUCCAAGACCGAAGGUCUGCAGCAGAUCCUGAAGAAGGACAUGGACAAGGCCAUCGAAGAAGCUCAGCAAAGGCGAGCCGUGAUGGCCGAAUUGAAGUCCAUGGUCAGGAGUGGUGAGGACCACAUUAAGGCCACAGCCGAGCUGAUUCGCGAGAAUGUGGGGCUGCAGAAGGAAAACGACAGGGAAGACAUGAACGACCAGCUCGAAAAUGCCGGCCUGGAGGCCCAAGGCAUGAGCGACCGGUACCAGUCGUUCAUGGACGAGAAGGCGAAGGAGCAUGAGGAACUCCAGAGCUUCACCAAGGGCCCUGCCUUAGUUGAUCUGCGCCUCGUCAUCGCGAAGAUCAAGAAGCUGAGUAGCGACCUGACAAUGACAGCCACGAAUGCUGCCAGCGUCGUGCGGGAGGGCAAGCAGAAGUUGGCACGGCAGGAGGCGGCCGUAGCGCGAACCAAGCGCAUGCAGGAACUCUUCGACCAGUACGAUGCUGACAGCGACGGCUGUUUGUCUCAGCUGGAGGUCCUCCAGUACUCCCAAGGUGAGUUUGAAUUCACCCCUGCAGAGUCCUGUCUAGAGCGGCUCUGGCGAAACUGGGUGCCAGCAGGCAUGGCUGGCAUCACUUUCGACCGCUUCCAGCAAAUGAAGGUGGCGAUCGGCACGGCCCGUGUCAUUGAGCGGGACCAGGAGAGAAGACCAGCUGGCGUUGCUUAG